AUGACUAAAAAGCAGGUUGACGAUCUGCGGAGUGAAUUAGCCGCUGAGUUACAUGAAAUUAAGGAUACAUUGAAUGAACUUAAAGGACUGAGGCCUGAUAUUCAGGAACUCAAGCUUAUAAGAGAGGAUUUGCAAAAAAUUCUGCUUGAAAACAAGGAACUGAAGUCACAAAAUGCAAAGCUGACGCGCAGGCUGGAGGAGCUAGAGCAAUACCAGCGAUCAAACAAUCUAGAAAUCAAGGGCAUACCUCUUGACAGUGAACCAAUAUCAGUGGUAACAAAAAUUGGCGAACUGAUAAAAGAGGACAUUGAAAAGCAUGACAUAGACGUCUGCCACAGAGUUCCUACUGCUAGGCAUGACCAGUCCAACAUUAUUGUUCGUUUUGUCCGCCGAGACAAAAGGAAUGCAAUUCUUGCUAAAUCAAAGAAGACGAGACUAGACACAAAAAUGCUUGGAUUCGACAAGCAGAAUCCAGUGUUCAUCAAUGAGCAUUUGACGAAAGAAGCUAAGCAGCUGCUCGGAGCUGCCAUCAGAAAGAAAAGAGCUGUUAACUGGAAAUUUGUGUGGACAGCUGGCGGAAAGAUUUUCGCACGGCGAAAUGAAACCGCACCUGUGCUUCGCCUAAUCUGUUUGGAUGAUGUUGAUAAAAUGGUCGAGUGA